UCAUAUUUCGCGCCAUUAAGAGGCAGCCAUUUGGCUUGACUGCGAACCCCGCGACAGGAAGUGAGUGAUGAAGGUGCUACGCAGGCGCAAAUUGACCUUUCGGUUGAAGAACCCGUCGGUCACAUAUCCACGUAUUUAAAGCACCGCACACAACAUGGGUGACAUCGAAGACACACACUUCGAGACCGGGGACUCCGGCGCCUCCGCGACCUUCCCCAUGCAAUGUUCGGCCCUCCGCAAGAACGGUUUCGUGAUGCUGAAGGGACGUCCAUGCAAAAUCGUUGAAAUGUCCACAUCGAAGACAGGCAAACACGGACAUGCUAAAGUCCAUCUUGUGGGAAUUGAUAUAUUCAAUGGAAAGAAAUAUGAAGAUAUCUGUCCAUCAACCCACAACAUGGACGUGCCCCACGUGAAGCGCGAGGACUACCAGCUGACCGACAUAUCGGACGACGGCUACCUCACCCUGAUGGCCGACAACGGAGACCUCCGCGAGGACCUCAAGAUACCCGACGGAGACCUCGGCACCCAGCUGCGCUCCGACUUCGACAGCGGCAAAGAGUUGCUGUGCACCGUGCUGAAGUCCUGCGGCGAGGAGUGUGUGAUCGCAGUGAAGGCAAACACGGCUCUCGACAAAUAAACCAACUCAG